CGCUCGGGGCUGGGCCUCGCCGCUGCCCGCCGCGCUCUGGGGCUGCGGGCGGCGCUGGGAUGCCGGGCCGGGAGGCGGAGAUGCAUCCAGUCCUAAAGGCCUUUGUAUGCGGCUCCAUCAGUGGCACUUGUUCCACGCUCCUCUUCCAACCCCUUGACCUGCUGAAAACGCGCCUGCAAACUCUGCAGCCUGCUGUGAAUGGGUCUCGUCGUGCUGGGAUGGUAACGCUGCUCUUUAGGGUUGUUCGUACUGAGAGUAUUCUGGGGCUCUGGAAAGGUGUCUCUCCAUCCUUUGCAAGAUGUAUUCCUGGGGUUGGGAUUUACUUCAGCACUUUGUACAUGAUGGAGCAAAAGUUUCUUGUGGACCGUUCACCCACAGCCCUGGAGUCUGUCUUCCUGGGUGCCGCUGCUCGUGCAGUUUCUGGGAUUUGCAUGUUGCCAGUGACUGUCGUGAAGACCCGGUAUGAGAGUGGAAGAUUUGGCUAUGGGAGUGUGUAUGGAGCCCUGAAGAGUGUCUAUCAGACCGAGGGAGCUCGUGGCAUGUUCAGUGGGCUCACAGCGACACUGCUGCGGGAUGCACCCUUCUCUGGCAUCUACCUGAUGUUCUACACACAGACCAAAAACCUCACAUCUCAGGGCCAGCUGGAUCCAGUGCUCGUGCCCUUGCUGAAUUUUGGCUCUGGGAUCUUUGCGGGGAUCUUGGCCUCUUUGGCAACGCAGCCUGCUGAUGUCAUCAAAACACACAUGCAGCUGUCACCCCAAAAGUACCACAGGACAAGCCAGGCCAUCGCCUUUAUCUACAAGGACUUUGGGCUGGUUGGCUUUUUCCGAGGCGGUGUGCCCCGAGUUCUCAGGCGCACUCUGAUGGCAGCAAUGGCAUGGACGGUGUAUGAACAGAUGAUGGAAAAAAUGGGCUUGAAAUCCUGACUGAGCUGCAUGAGAAAGGACCGGCUUCACUGCUUCUCCCGCUUGUUGUGAUCAACUGGCACUGAGAAGUUCCCAGUUCCACAGAGGAAUAAGCCUUCCUCAGCCAGGAAGGAAGCCCUUCUGAGACAGGAGAUUAGGCCUUUUGGCAAGUAGAGGAGGAGAGGAAGGAUUGGAUCUUUGCACUGUUUGAUCAAUGCAUUCCAGAAGGACUGCACUUGAAGACUGCCACGGGAAAUGGCAGGGUUUUCACAGCCUGGUAACUAUGCUGAGAAGCCCUUUUUAAAAAUAACUCUGUGCUCAUCACCUUUAUGCAGUGAGACAUUAUUAGAGCAAAAAUGUUUGAGGAGAAAGCAGUGAUGAUAAAACCUGCCAGCCUGUUCCUUGCAGGCGUGGCCAGAAAGGCCACAAUGACCACCAUCUGAUAUAGGUCCUCCUUCCUCAUAUGCUUUAUUCUCACAGGGGAACACUAGGCCCUGGUGGGAAACUGGAUGUGUGUCGUGAUGCUUACAUUGCGGGAGUGGGUGGAGGAGAAAUGAAGUGCUGAGGAAAAGCUACAAACAUGGUCUCUGUCAUCACUUUUGUACUGUGGGUGAUUGCAGAGAAAGUAACUGGAACCGCCUUGCUGUGUUAUGUGUUAUUAUGUUAUUGAGCACCUUAACAUGCUUGAAAUGUCCUUCUGCCUCUACAGCAGAGUUUGCACAGGAAUUAAGAAGCAUAAGGCACUUUAGAAUUGAUUGCUACCAAAGUUCUACUUGUUCUCUGAAAAAAAAAAAAAAAAAGCUGCUGGAAAAAAAAAACUACAGCAGAAACACUCAAGUGGGUCUUGUUGGGUUUUUUUUAUGCAGUUGUCGUAGAGACUUAUUUGCUUCCUAUUUUUUAUUUGUUAAUCCCUGAUCAGCACCCUCAGUGUGAACUGGUCCUUAGAUGUACCUUUUAGGGCCGUGGCUCAUAAUGCAUAUAUGUAUAAUGGAAACAGAUAUAGAUACUGGCACUUCAGAUUUCCCUUAAAACAUCACCGAUUGCAUGUGGAGUAUGUUUUGGUUUGGAAAGAAAAGGUUGCUAUUUCUGUAAGCUUUCUCCAAAGUUUGAGCCCUGUGGGUGCUUGGUAGUGACCUUUAAUUCCCUUAGGACUCCACACAGACCCUUCUCAUUUUCCUGGCUGAUCUUUUUCUCUUAUCAGGUAGUCCAUGUUCGAGUAUGCCUGAGUUUAAAUACACUUUUCAUCCUCUGUGCCUUCUUACUCUUUCCUGCUGUGUUACUCAAACCUCACAGUGUGUGCCAAGUGCAGCCUGAUCCCCCCUUCACUUGUGCCUCUGUGGUGGGUUGGGUCCCUUGCAGCUCUGUUAGCAUAGCCAUGAAGCUGGUGUGGAAAUGUGCAUCCUGUUCUGUAGUGUGCCUUGCAGAAGACUUAGCUUUGGCUUUUAUUUUCUUAAAUAUCUAGAGAUACUGCAAUUGACUUUAGAACCAGAGCACCUGUCUCUAAACAUGAAGGUAGGACACUGUAGCUGUAUGAACAACCAGUGGUACCUACCCGUUGUUCAUAAAUUUUAGAGUGUAUUUUGGACAAUCACUGCCUGCCCAGGCAACUUCCCAAGUGCAAGAACAGAGGGCAUGUGGGUUGUUAAAGGUGUUCUUUACCAGAUUUCAACUCCAAGAAUGCUGGAUGACUGAUGUAUAAGUUGAGGGAAACAUAAGAGGACAGCAUGGAGGCUUGGAAAGUGCUGCCUGUUUUCUGACUCAGCCCAUCUGUGAGGGGAGGUGGGUGCUCUGCAGUGCAGGAGUCUCCAAGAAUGGUGGUGGAGGGUUCUGUGCGCACAUCUACGUGUUAGCAACAGAGCACUGCAUCAAAUCAGGCAUGUGGCACGUUAUUUGCUAAAUCCUAAAUGUGAACACCUGUUCCUUUCUUUUGCUGUUCCUUCUGCCCUUAGUGACCAGAACUUGUGAGAGCGCAUGAAACCAUGGUAACUGCACAUCCUGCUUGUUUGCUGUCCUGAGCACUACUGACACACAGCUGGAGAACCAAGUCUAGGGUUGCUGACCUGGCAGAAUAAGGUGGCAAUCAGAUGAGUUACCUCAUUUGUCCUUUAUUCCCCUAUGUAUGGGAUCAAACUGGAAUUGUGCUGGGAGCCUGAAUUUAUUUGGUGCUUUAUAAAUCUGGCAUGUGAGUUGGAUCUGUUGAACAUCCUGGGCUGUGGUAGCUAAGGGCAGUGUGUGGGGUCACCUGCAAGGUGCUUCACACAUAUUUCAUUCCUGGUUUAGCAAUGGCAAAGCAAUGUGCAACCUGUGCAGACAGAAACUUAAGCUCUUAAAAAUGAGGUAGGCAAGCAAAGAAUGCAAACACUUUGGUGGCUUUUAUGUCCCUGUACUCCAGCCUGGUCAAGUAACAAUGGAAGAAGUAGAGAGUUUAUUUCCAUGUGCUAAUGUUUUAAGGUCUAGUGUGGGGUUGUUUGUUUGUUUUAAAUGUGGAAUCGGGCUUAAAGCAGUGUUAGCUUUUACUUGGAAAGUUUUUCCAUUCUGCUUUGGUGCUUUGUUCUUGGAAUAGAGUGAAAAACUAUAUGGUUUUUGGCUUGUGGAUUAACUUGGGCUCCUCUGGGUUUAAGAAAUAGAGAAUCUAAACUGCACUGUGUUUCAUCUACCAUUGGUGCUGCAAAUCCAAAAGCUUAUCUACUUGUGAGCUGGGGAGAAUGAAUUCGUAGAUGCAAGCUUGUUUGUUUCUCUUUGUUAUUUCUUUUGUCAUGUGUCAUAUAUGGGGAAAGGGAAAGCCUGAAGUUCUGCUUCACUCUGUUCUGAAAGCUUUAUCACAUGGUCAGGCAUAAGACUAUUUCUUGGCUCUGAUCCUUACUGUCCUUCACCCUUUUCCCCUCUUCAAAAACAUUCUGUUUCUGAAGUGAUUUAUUGAAGUUGCUCCUUGAUAGCUACAGCAAGUCAAGACGAUCAAGUGUGCGGACUUAAAGUUUAGAUGUAUUCCCCUUGAGGUUUAAUGCUUCUACUUAGCAACAAAUUGUCACUGUACAACCUAAAGUUAAAGUAAAUCAAAUAAAAGAUCUGGACAGAGGUGAUUAAUCACCUACCUCCAUCAAGCAAUUCAACACUAACAAUCUUGUCAGAUAAUAAUUUCCAAAGCCGUCUUGGCUUGGAUUCUGGAGAGAGUGGUGUGCUCCCUCUGUACACUUCAGGAUGGCAGUGGGAUCCCUCUUGGACUGACCUCUGUUGCUGGCAAUGCAAUGCACUGUUAGUGGUCGUGCACUGUCUCUGCUUGCCUCUGCAGCUGUGGCUAAGGACACAGCUGGCUGGCAUGUUGAGGCAGGCAGUGUUUAAGUGAGUUGUAAGGACACAAGAGAAAUAAUCUGAUUAUUCAUGCUUUAAAAACUUUGUUUCCACUCUUCCUGUGUGAUGAUUUGUUUAGGUUUUUUUUCUCUCAGUCUCUUAAACAGAACUGGAGCUUUGAAACAUUACAUAGCUUUGAGUAUUGUAAGUCUGUAUAGUAUGUGUCUAUAUAAAAUAUUUAUGUGAAAAGGUGUAUUAUAUGUUUCUAUUAAAAACUAGUUGCAAAAAUUAA